AGCUGCCAAGAGAAGGAUCCUCCCUGUUCCUGUCUCACCUGAACACUCAUUCCUGCCCUCAUUUGCAUCAGUUUUUCGUUCCUGUUGGACGAGCCGGGACAGGACUGAAACAACAUGUCUGAUCAACCUAGCAAAGACCAGCACGAAGAGGCCUAUCUGUCUCUGACAAAAGGCUUGGAUGAGCUGGACUUCGGAGGUGGUCCAGUUCCCUGUGACCUGGUGCUGAUUGGAGAUCAUUCCUUCCCUAUUGCCAUGAACAGCCGGGGCCAGGUCCCGAUGGCGGCCUCCUUCUACGGCAAGGGGAGGAUUGUGGUCAUGGGACAUGAGGGGUACCUCAGAAGUUUUCCUGAUCUAGUGAAAAACGCGGUGGCCUGGCUGAGAGGUGAAGGGUCUGGCAACCUCUCUGUGGGGGUGCACGAGAACGUCAAAGCAGUAGCUGAUAACCUCCAGAACUCUGGAUUCCAAGCAGAAGUUGUGGAGGACUUCAGUGACAAACUGGAUGUCGCUGUGUUCGUGACGAAUGCGUACAGCGUGGCUGACAACCACAAGGCCCUGGUGACAUUCAUGAGAAAAGGUGGAGGAGUGCUGAUAGCGGGGCAAGCCUGGCACUGGGCUUCACAGAACCGCAAGAGAAACAUACUGCAUGAGUUUGACGGGAACAAAGUGGCAGAUGUGGCCGGGAUCUACUUCUCUGGUCAAGCAGUUAAGAAAGAGAAGCUGCCUGUCUACCCACAGAUCCCCUCUUCCUGGAUGGCCAUGGUACUUGGUAAGGACUUUGAGGAUGACUUACGGUUCCUGUUAAACGGAAUUUCAGAGUUUAAAAUACCAAAAAAUGUAACAGCCUCUGAAAUUCUGGUCCACGGCCCGCUGGCUUUUCCUAUCGGCUGCACAGAAGAUAAGAAAACAUUCCUGGCAGGAGGCUACUACGGACAGGGACGAGUCAUUGUGGUUUCACAUGAAGGUCUUCUGAAACUAGAGGACAUGGCCCCCUUUUGGAAGAACGCUCUCCUCUGGUUGGAUGAAGGCCGCAAAGGGGUUGUUGGAAUUAGGGGCAAUCAUGGGCACAAAAUCCUAAGCAAGUCAGGGUUGAAGUGCCAGAAGACAAAUCUCAAGGAAGACCUGAGUGUGUAUGUGACUUUACCAAAGAUUGAUAAUCCUGAGGAAAUCGUGAACUUUGUAGCGGAGGGCGGAGGCCUGCUGCUGGCUGGACAUGCCUGGCAUUGGGCGAUGACUCACAAAAAGCAGCAUGUGCUGCGCGACUGCCCAGCAAACAAGGUCCUGAACAAAAUGGGCUUGAGUCUGCUGGCGCAAACGUUGAAAGGACGUACCUGCAAGGCCCCGGACCCCAGCCGGGUCCUCCAAGAGACGUAUCACUUCCGCCAUCUGCUGCACCGCUUCGCCUGUCAUGUGAAUGCGGGUGACAAACUCACCAAGCAUGAGGAAGACUGCUUCAAGAACCUGGAUUCUCACUGCAGCACCUACUUAAGCAUGAAGGCACAUGACUGCCCUCCGUACAAGCAGGUGGUGUCCACACUCUCUGAUAUUGUCAAGAAGUCGCACGUCCCCCCGGUGAGUGGCCGCACCCCUCUAAAGCAGCCCAAAGAGCGUCUGCUCCUGUCUGUGGGCACAUCGUUGUACCAGGUUUGCCCAAAUCAAGAGGAGAUCCUGUCCUGUCUUGUCGCGGACAAUCCAGUGAUGCCGGUGGUUUACAACCACAAGGUCAAAGUUGAUGUGGACACGAAAGAAUCUGAGUGGAUCAGCACAGGUCUCUACCUCUCUCCCGGUAUGAAGACCUAUGUGGCCGCACCGCCAGAGCUGGUGAACCAAAAAUGGAAGAUUCAGAUCGGCUGCCAGACAGACAAACUGAAAGGGGACGUGCUAAAGAGAGCGCCGGAUGUUUGCCAACGAUUUCCCAUCAACUCAAGCAUGACACAGGUGUCCAACCUGUGGGGGGGACUCAUUUAUUUGGUAGCUCCGAAAAAUGCCAAAGUAAAGGGGGCGGAGGUCACCGUCCAAGUCGCUGUACCUGCUCCGUACUAUAAAUCUGGUGAGACCACAGCAGAGCAGUGGGAGCUGCUGCGCACGGCUCCCUCGCCCUGGGCGGAGCUGGAGUUUGAGAACAUCAUCUUCACUAUGUCGUCAAAGGCUGUUCGCAAGCUGGAGCGGCCCGAUAAGUUGGCGGCGAUCUGGGAUGAGAUCAUGAGGGCCAUCGCUGCACUGGCUGCCAGGCCGGCCAAAUUUCACCGCAAGGAGCGCUUUGUGUCAGAGGUGCAGAUUUCUCACGGCUACAUGCAUGCAGGCUAUCCUAUCAUGGCGCACAGCGACAUAGCAAAACAUCUGGUCGAUGUGAAGGUCAUUAAGGAAAAAGGCAUGUGGGGUGUCAUUCAUGAACUUGGACACAACCAACAGCAAGGCUGCUGGGAAUUCCCGCCACACACUACAGAGGCCACAUGCAACCUGUGGUCAGUGUACGUGAACGAGGAGUUGCUGGGAAAUCCCAGGCACAAGGCUCACACUGCCGUUUCCAAAGAAAAGCGACGCAAGCGAGCAGCGGACUACGUGAAGGCAGGCCGGAAUCUGGGCAAAUGGAGCAUGUGGACGGCCCUGGAGACUUACCUGCAGCUCCAGGAUGAGUUUGGCUGGGACCCCUAUAAAAAGGUGUUUGCUGCUUACCAAAAGAUGACGAACAUUCCAAAGGAUAAGAACGCGAAAAUGAACCUGUAUGCUGAGACCUUUUCCAAGACUGUGGGGAUGAACCUGUGUGGAUUCUUCAAGGCCUGGGGCUGGCCCAUCAAGGCAGAAACUGAGCAGAAGCUGUCUGACCUGCCGCCCUGGAACGACCACCCCAUGGCCCAGUUCGACUGAACUCUAUCAGUUUUUAGGCCAGACAAAUUCAGCUUCAAGUCCUGUUUUUUGUUGUUCAGAUUUCCUCGCAGUUGUUGUACAGAAACUACAUUUGUGUUGAUUCCAAAAGAUUGCAUUUAGGAGCUCUGUUGAAGUUGUUUUGUUGGGGUUUAGGGGAUGCAGGUGGGCAUUUAUACGAACUUUACAAAACCAAAAAAGGAAUGAGUUUGUUAGAUACCCCCAAAUUUGAAAGAUUUGUUUUGCAUUUUUGCUGUAGAAACAACAGGUUUAACGGGAUGCUGAGCAGGAAACAAACCAUUCAAGGGGCAUUAACAUUUUCUAAUCUGUGCAAGUUCCAGACUAACAUCAGUAGUUCCUUCUUUAAAGGCGUUAUUCACCUUACAAGUUAAAGUAAAAAAUAGUUACACAGUUACUUUGGGGAGUAACUUUUUGGGUCUUUCAAGCAACUUACUUUGUUAAUGAGCAGAUAGAUUUUACUGGGAGAAAUUAGAUUAGUCGUCAGCACAGUGGGAGUCAAACUCAGGGCAGCCACACCCGGGGUCGAGACUUAACCGAAAGCACUACCAAUGGGGGAACAUAGCAACUAAUACCAGUGGAAGGCUUUAACUGCUAUGCUUUUUCUUUUCUGCACUGCAAAAGGUGUCAUAUCUCUUCUGUAUAUCAACGAGUUCAUUAUGUUCAAGUCAACAGCAGAGCUUAACGUAUGAAUGAAACAGAUUAAAAAAAGCUUUCAAAAGCUCAAUUUCAAUGUGAUGUUUAUUUUUUGAGUAUGAAUUAAAUCAAAUGACAACUCACUCUCCAUAUCACUUCAUAAAUACUGGUUUGCCGUGGUGAAUUAAGAUGCUGUGCAUUAGAGUCACAUGAACAUAAAUGUUGUAAUUGUACCAGGAUGUAGAACUACAGAAGUAACGUCUUGGGUAAAUAACCACAGAACAUAAAUGAGUUCACUGUAACAUUUUGGUGACCAAUGAUUUAAUUCAAACAAUACAGUAACAGAUAGAGUAAAAUAAAAAAAAAUUACAGGUUGUGUGAAUUUGCUGGACUCCCUCUUUUCAGUGGAUCACUGCAAAGUCAGACCAAAGAAGCGGUACCUGCUUCUGUUCCCCUGGUCUGACAAGAUGAUUGUGACUGCCUGGGUGUCGUCCAGAACAGAUUGUUCUGACAGA